GAUGUUGAACUCAAUCCUGGUCCUAUAAUUGAUGAUCAACCAACUUGUCACUCAUUUGCAAAGUAUCUUAAACCACUUGUUGACUGGAAAUCAUUUGCUCUUUGUCUUCCUGGAAUAACACAAUCUGAUGUCAAUAUAAUCGAUAAAACAAGAAGAAAUGCUCAGUUAAAAAAAAGAGGCUUUACAUAAGAGAUGGUUACAAGUUAAUCCUCAAGCAUCAUGGAGAUAUAUCAAUAUUGCUUUGAAACAAUGUAAAGAGAAUAAACUAGCUAGAGAUAUUGAAAGAAAAACAGCAGUUUCUACUCGAAGGACUUGUAAUGAUGAUAUGGAAGUGCUGGCCAAUGCUAAUCCUGGCCCUAUAGUAGCAGGUAAUCCAAAGAAUAUAUUAAGGACUCAUUCUGAUAAACUCACUAAAGCUAUUAGCACUAACCUUUACAGAGUAUCUGAAUCACUGUAUGCUGAAGGACUGAUACCACCGGAUACUAAAGACGAAGUAUUUGCUGGAGCAACAGGAUUAAAUGAUUUUAGAAAAUCAAGUCAAUUAGUGAAUGUAUUGCAAAAACUAUUGGAAGCCUCUGUUAAUCCAGAGCAGUAUCUUAUUGAUAUAUGUCAUGUAUUAACAAAGCAACAACAUCGUACACUAACAGAUAUUGCUACCUCUAUAUUACACUGGUUAGGUAAGUGUGUGUUUGUACAUUGUCAGUGA